AUGAAAGAGGGUGAGAGCUUUAACCUCUUUUACGGGGAAUUCACCCGUCUGGCUCUCGAGUCGAAGACGGACGAAGAGCUCCAGAAGGGAGACCUUUUCGAGAAACUAGUACCGGAUCUCCAGACGCUGACGGUGUCGGACGCGUUUAAUGACCGCGUGACACUCGAAGGAUUUGUGGACAGUUGUAGACGCAGCGCUCUAGGACUGUCACGCAUGCAGACCUCGACCCGAUUCCGAAAGUCCAGGUCGAGACCGCACGCGGAGAACGACAACAAGGGUUCUCACAACACCAUCCGAACGACGACUCCCAGCGGGGAGCAAAAGCAGAGUCUUGUUGCAGUGUGA